AUGGGUACGGAGGUGUUGCACCCACAAGACUUCUUGCCAAAAGUUGCCCCGGUGAUCGUUUGGAAAACCUACAAAAAUGACAAAUCAUAUCCAACACCGAUAAAUAACAAUACUCUCCGAAAACCACAAUCUCUGCGGUUUUUAGAGAAGACGGGUUCAACACCCAGAAGAGAACGGGAGUUGAAGCCGAACCAUGAAGAUGGUGAUGAUUCAUAUGCUGGAUCAGGCUUCUUCCAUUCCCCCUCACCUAGGUCUCUACCUCUUCCUUCAUUCUUCAACAAGAAACAAGAUUCCAUGGCCAUGGCCGCAGAUCAUGAUGGUUUUGAUGAUUCUGCCACCAAACAUCUUCGUCAACUGCUUCGACUCGGGUGA